AUGAGGCUCACAGAAACCCUGAGCAGCGUUAGCUCAUCGGGCCCUCAUCGGGUUCUCGUUGUGGGCUGCGCUUACGGCGGCAUCUCAGCCGUCCUCAACCUUCUCGAAUACUCACAGGGCCGCGCACGGCAAAGCGUGUACCCAGGCCCGGACUUCAAGGGCGUACGGAGUAGACGAGGAGUCGAGAUUACAGUUAUCGAUGAGCGUGAUGGAUAUUUCCACUCUGUUGGCUCACCGCUUGCCCACGUGACGCCGAAAUAUACGGCGUAUAUGUGGAAGAGGUUCAGCCAUUUGAAUGAGUUGAAGCAGCCGAACCUACAUUUCAAGCAUGGAAGCGUUAAGAAUGUCAACCCUGAAGCCAAGGUUGUCGCAUGGUGCGAUCGUAAUGGUCAGGUGCAACUGCAGGCAUAUGACUACCUUGUCAUGGCUACAGGGCUGAAGAGGCCGUUCCCCGCUGUGCCAAAGUCUGGGACCUUUGAGGAGUAUCAAAGAGAUGGAAGGGCGUUUAUUGAGAAGAUUACCGGUGGUGAUCCGUCAAAGUAUGAGGGAAGAAGGGUAGUCGUCAUUGGCGCUGGCGCUGUCGGAAUCGAGUUCGCUGCUGAGAUCAAGACCAACUACCCGCAAAUUGCCGUCACAUUGGUACAUUCGCGGAGUGAAGUUCUCUCAUCAGAGCCCCUGCCUGCAGAAGUCAAGGAGCGCGCAAGAAUUCUUCUCGAGGAAGAGGGUGUUGCUCUGCGUCUCGGUAGCCGGGCUACCAUCACUGAGAUGCCAAACGGCCAGUACACCGUCACACUGGCAAACAACGAAACAAUCACCGCAGACUUUGUCAUUGACUCGACAAAGAAGGGCACACCUACCACCGACGUCUUACCUGCGGAAUGUCUAAAUGCCGACAAGGAAGUCAUGGUGCACCAAUCGUUAAUGUUCAAAGACACAAUCGCAAACGCAUCCUCGCACUUUGGCGUCGGUGACGUGAUUGCGUGGACCGGCAUCAAGCGCGCAGGCAGCGCAACAGUCAUGGGCCAAGCCGCCGCUCAAAACAUUUACUCCGCCAUCCUCAACUCCGAACUGGACCCCUCAUCCGAGCGAUACGGGACGGCGGAGCUGCCCGCUUGGGACGCAGUCAUUGGUCUGGCUGUCGGCAAGCAGUGUCUGACGUACGACCCAACGAACGGCAUCAAGUACGGUGUCGAGGUUAUGAAGGGUUACUUUGGCGAUGAUUUGGGAUGGGCGGCUAAUUUGAAGUAUCUGGGCCUUACGGAUGUGGUGGAGAGGGUGGAUAGCCCCGUUGAAGCGACGAAGAUGGCGGAGGUGGGGAUUAAGCCUGUGAGUGCGCAGGCGUAG